ACUACAUCAAUUUGUGAAUUUACUUUGUGUAAUCUCUAUGUCUGUAGCAAUUCUCUAAAACAAUUAACAUAAAAAAGGGGGGAACAAGGCAUAGAAAUCUGACUACACCCAAUGCAUCAGAUCUUAAACAAGAAAGCAAUCAGAGUUUAACCUGACCAACACUUCCUUGGUUUGUGAUAUUCUUCCCUGUUGUUUCCCCUUAUGGCUCCCAUCACCACUAAACCUUCAAAAAUAUUUCAAUGCUAUCACUCUCUCUCUCUCUCUGAGUGAGAUUUAGAAAAAAUAAAACCCAGAGUUGUUCAAAGAGCACGAGGCAAUUAAGAUACUUUUAGUUCAUCAAUUUUGAGAUUUUUGGUUCUCAAGUGAUCUGGGCAAUGUUGUUGUUUUGACAAGGUUUGAUGAAAAUAUUGAGAUUGGACCUUGAAAGUAUGAAUGGUUCUCAUUCUGGAGCAGAAAGCUGUUAUGUAGGCAUUAUGUUUCAUGUAAGGGCUUGGAUGAUUGUUUCGUCUCAAGAAUUUGUUAUUUUAUUCAAGAAAUUUACUUCCUUUUUUUUAAGCUGCAAACAUUUUUGUUUGUGGGACGAACCACCACCUGAGUCACCAGAAGCCGUUGCCCCUUUCUGUGUCAGACUCGGCCCAAGACUCGGACCCGGUAUAGAAGUAUCAGACACCUCCAACACACCCAAUAAACUGACUUUCUCCUUUGUCGAUAUCGGGCCUCUCUCCUUCCAGACCCUACGUGGGCUUUUACUUGGGCCCAACCCGUAAGCAGCCUUCUUCCCCUUCAAGUCUGUCUCAUCUUCAUGGCCCACAAAAUUCUUCUUCCCAAUCUAAGCCCCACGAAGCUCUUCUUCCCAUAUGCUACCUUCUUCCCAUGUUGUAGCACCCUUCCUCUUAGCUUCACUUGGACCACAGCCCACUUCCAAACCCAAGCCCAUCCUUGUUUUCUCCUCUAUGCACCGUAUCAUCCAAUUGAUAUUCACUUGCAGCAAAUCUAUCUGUUGGAAAGUUUCCAAAAUCUGCCUAGUCAACUCUGCUGUAUUCUAGGAGAUAUUGUGUGUAAAUGUGUGAAUAUUCUAGGAGAUUAGUUUCCUUAGAAGUUAGUAUUUAAUUUAUUCUUUCCUACUUUAUUCUUUCCUUUUUUUCUCUUCAGCUGUAAUCUAUAUAUACUGCCUUGUACCUAUAUUUCGAAUUUUAAUGAGAAUAAUUCCUACAAAUUACUCUCUCAUUCUAGAUGGUAUCAAGAGCAAGGCUCCUUUUCUGAUUCAUCUAAAAACCCUAUUCCCUCUGGCGGCUCAAAUCAGCCCCUAAUAUCUUGUUUUUUCUUCCUUCUUCUUUGCCUUUCUUUUCUGUUGCUGUCAAGCCUUUUACCAUGGCUGAUACUUCAAACAAGGCCAAAUCCAAAAGCAAACCAGAACCAAAACCUACCCAUUCUGAACCCUACUCUGUCCAAAUCACAAACAUACGACUGAAUGAGGCAAACUUCCUACGCUAGUCACAAUCAGUCAAGAUGUAUAUUCGAGGGAGAGGGAAGAUAGGGUACUUGACUGGUGAAACCAAGGAGCCCGAGAAAACAGACUCAUCCUAUGUUAUAUGGGAUGCAGAAAAUUCAAUGGUGAUGGCAUGGCUUGUGAAUGCUAUGGAUGAAGAAAUUAGUGCCAACUACAUGUGCUAUUCGACUACAAAGGAGCUCUGGGACAAUGUCAGUCAGAUGUAUUCUGACCUUGGAAAUUACUCUCAGAUAUAUGAAUUGCAGCAGAAAAUCAGCAAUACUCACCAAGGAGAAGGCAGUGUGACCAGAUAUAUGAAUUGCAGCAGAAAAUCAGCAAUACUCACCAAGGAGAAGGCAGUGUGACCAGGUAUUUCAAUGUUCUUAAGGGACUUUGGCAGGAUUUAGAAUUAUUCAAUGAUUAUGAAUGGAAAAAUUCUGAUGAUUGCAAUCAUAAUAAGAAGAUGGUAGAGAAUGCCAGAAUUUUUAAAUUCUUGGCUGGACUUAAUGAUGAAUUUGAUGAAGUUAGGGGAAGGAUUCUAGGGAGACAGCCAUUACCUCCACUUGGAGAGGUAUUUUCUGAGGUGCGAAGAGAAGAUUGUCAUCGGAAUGUCAUGAUAAAAAAAAGGAGGAUGAAACUGUGGAGAACUCUACUUUAGUUGCUGCCAACCCUGCUCCUUAUUGUGCUACUAGCACAGAUCUGUCCACUGCCAAUAUUUCUGCACAGCGGUCCUAUUCUAACCAAAGAAGGUUUGAAGAUAAGCCUCAGGUAUGGUGUGAUUAUUGCAAUAAACCACGCCACACUAGAGAGACUUGCUGGAAACUCCAUGGAAAGCCUGCAAACUGGAAGAGCAGCAAAUCUGGAACCUCUGGCAGCAACUAUAUAGCCCCUAGAGUAAAUGAAACAAAGGCUAAUUUCCUAAGUGCUGAGCAGGUGGAUCAUCUUCUUCAAUUGCUGAAAUCCACUCCUACAUCCGGCCCUCCUACUGGUUCCUUGGCCCAAACAGGUGAUACCCCUAGUACCUACUCUUAUGGCUUAACUCUUGCACCAUGGAUUAUUGAUUCUGGUGCAUCCGACCAUAUGACUAGUACUUCACAAUUUUUUCAAUCUUAUUACCCUUGUCCUGGUAAUAAAAAAGUCAGAAAUGCAGAUGGAAGUUUCUCAUCCAUUGCAGGAACAGGUUCUGUCCAAAUCUCUGACAAAAUUGAACUAAAAUCUGUCCUUCAUGUUCCUAAACUUGCUUGUAAUUUGCUGUCUGUUAGUAAACUCUCACGGGAUUCUAACUGCAAUGUCAUAUUCUUUGAUUCCCAUUGUGAAUUUCAGGACCAACUCUCGGGGAGGAUGAUUGGCAGUGCUAGGAUGAUUGAUGGACUCUAUUAUCUUGAUGAGACCCUAUUCAACAUUAAACAAGCUCAGGGUUUGAGUAGUAGUAGUACUAGUUCAAUGCCUGUACGAGAACAAAUUAUGCUUUGGCACCUUAGACUUGGACAUCCUAGUUUUCUCUAUCUAAAACAUUUGUUUCCCAAUUUAUUUAAAAUUGUUGAUUGCAACUCUCUUCAUUGUGAUACUUGUCAUUUUUCUAAGAGUCAUCGGAACACUUAUCAAUCAAAAGG